GUUUCCGUCUCCUUAAAACACCAGCAGUCAGCACCCGAGGCACGUAGCUCAUUCGAAAAUGGUGAAGGGCCGCCAAGGAGAGCGCAUCAGACUCUAUGUGCGAGGAACUGUUCUUGGAUACAAGAGGUCCAAGUCGAAUCAGUAUCCUAGUGCGUCGCUGAUUCAGAUCGAGAAUGUGAACACUAAGGAAGAGGUGGCCUGGUACGCUGGUAAGCGCUUGGCGUACAUAUACAAGGCCAAGGUGAAGAAGAACGGCAGCCACUACCGUUGCAUUUGGGGCAAGGUCUCUAGGCCUCAUGGUAACAGUGGCGUCGUUCGCGCUAAGUUCAAGUCCAAUCUUCCCCCCAAGUCCAUGGGAGCUAGAGUCAGGGUUUUCAUGUAUCCCAGCAACAUUUGAGGUAUGUGGCAAAUGUAGAUGAUGGAAUGGAUUGGAGGUGAAGCAUUUGAAGUUUUGAUUUUACUCUAUUUAGAAUCGUGUUUAGACUUUCGAAAUGUUAUUGUACUGAGGAACGUGAGACAUUUAUUAAGAUGCUUGUUGCUAGCCUUGAAUAUGCACCUUGUGAAACUCGUUUUAUGUUUAUUUCCAUUCCAGCGU